AUGCCCACUGCACAUCAAUCAGUGAUCUCCAUCCGUCCACCAUGGACCACCUUCUUCCAAGGAAAAACAGUGAAGAUGAUUUGCAAUGGAUCUCAUGAUUAUGUUGCAGGACAAACACAAUAUUAUUGGCAUUUUCAGAAAAAUACACUAAGUGUAACCACAGAAAACAACCUCAAGGUUCGUAAAUCUGGAACGUACAGAUGCCAGGCUCCAGGCUCACUCCCAAGUAAUCCUGUGAACGUGCUGUUUUAUUCAGGUCCCCUUAUCCUUCAGACCCCAAGCUCUAUGUUUGAAGGUGACAGGUUAGUUCUGAAAUGCAAGAAAAGAGGAAGAGGAAGAAGAGAAGAGUUGACUGCUAUGAAAUACACCCGGAAUGGGGAAGUGUUACACCGUAUUUCUAAUUUUAACAACAGCUUGGAACUUGUAAUACCUCAAGCAAGGUUAAAUGACAGUGGUGCCUACCAGUGCUUUGGAACUGUGAAUAAAAUGUAUACAUAUAAAUCAAAUUUAAAAAUUAUUAAAAUUCAAGAACUAUUUCCACAUCCAACACUGACUAUCACAGACCCCCAGCCUGAAGAGGGGAGCUCAGUCACACUGGUCUGUCAAGUACAGCUUCCUCCAGAAAGACAGGACACUCUGCUCCACUUCAUCUUCUACAGAGACAAUGGGGUUGUCUUGUCAAAGUGGAGCAGGUCCCCAGAAUUCCAGAUCCCCAACAUCUGGAGAAAAGACUCUGGAGCUUAUUGGUGUGGCGCUGAAACUGUGCUCAACAGCAUCUAUAAGCACAGUCCCCCAAGAGAGAUCCACGUGCAAAGAGCUGGUAUUCCCGAAGACACUGGAGACACGGCAAGCAGCUCUCCCACACCAAGACCAAAAGAGUCACCUCAACCCAUGUGUCCUGAUGCCAUGGAGUUACAACCAGUGGAUGGCUAUGCACACCUCAAAGAGGGAAAUAUGGUGUACUCAGAGAUCCAGACGAUUUGUGUCAAAGAAGAAGGAAAUGUACCUCUUUAUUUCUUUCCACCCCAGCAGACUGCAGUUAUCUACUCGGAGGUGAAGAAUUCACAACUCCCAGAGGAGUCAUCAGAAAAGAUCUCCUCUAAGGAUGAAAACCCCACAGAAAGUUCCUAG